AUGGGGCUCUAUUUUGAGCAAUGCUGGGCGAUUCUGAGCACGAUCGGCUUGGCCAAUAUACUUUACGGGCUCACCAUUGUCAGCAUCACCAAGUUCUCGACUGUUAUACUCAUCCCGAUCGUUGUCAGCGCUGCUGGAGCAAUUGCCAACGGGCUAUGCCACUAUGCUUUCUAUGCGGAAUAUCCCUUGACGAACACUGCAGUUGCUUCGGGGUUUGCUGACUUCUUCUGGCUUAUCCAAGAAGUCGGCAUAUCGUUCUAUAGCUACGCCAUUCUGAUCAAAUUGCUGAGUCACCGGAGUCGCCUCGUCUUUAUCAUAUCAUUCUGGACCAUCGUGGCCGCCAUAGUCGUCCUGCGGCUUUUCAUCAUGAUCGGCCGAAUCAAAAUCAUACUGAGUCCAGACACAGAGUUCCAGCGGUCUGUCAACUAUCUCCAUGUGGGCUAUUUCUCACUUAUUGCCCUACUGGAGUGUCUCAGCGCCUUCUUCCUGCUUCGCGAGUUCGCUUCAGCUCGGCGGGCGUCAAUCGAUGCAUCGCUGAGCACAAGCCUAUUGCAACACCUCAUGAGAGGCACCGAAACACGAGUCGCAUCGCUAGCUCUCAUUGGUGUAUCGAGAGCAAUAACCUACGUCUUCUGCCCGUCCUUGCCACAGGCCCUGACGACAGCUGGCCAGAUUGACCGAUUUAUUUACACGAUGGAAUGCAUGUUUCCGAUCAUGAUAUAUAUCGACAUCUUGGCCUGCAAAAUCAAGUUUACGGACCGGGACAACAUGGAGAUGCCACAAGUCGAGAGCUUCAGAUCGGACCAUGCCAUCUGGGACGGUAUCGAGGACAUGAAUCAUCACGUGCUAAAAAGACAUCAUAGCCGGGGUACAACGGCCGAGCAAAGUUUGAUACAAAAACCGCCACAUGCAGCCUCUAGCUAUUCGACCGGGCAUGGUGUCCUGAAGACGGUUGAGAUUACCAUAGGGGACGACAGAACCUCAGGCCCAGAUAGCCCUGUCAGGAGCAUGAGUUUUCACAUGAGCCAUCGACCAAAUUCAGAAUGA